AUGCUGGGGUUCCAGUCGUGGCCUUGCUCGCUUUUCCUCCUCUUAGUUCUGCUCUCUGCCAGCGUUCAGACUGUGUCCUUAUCAGGACAGAGGCUACAGAUGCUCCUUUCCCAGUUGCUGCCCCUGGAGCCCAAGUCCACAGUGGCUGAAGAGGACACGAAGGAGGGGUCCAGCUCUGGCCCUCAGUUGCUCUCCUCCACGCUCCCCUUCCUCCCGUCUGGGGCCAGAGCUGCCCGUCCCUCUCUCUGGCGCAAGACCCUCUCCAGUCGCAAGUGGGCACUGCCUGGAGAUUGGGCCUGGAAGGCCGUGCCCAGGGGCUGCUUUGGGUUGAAACUGGACCGGAUCGGGACCUUCAGUGGUUUGGGGUGUUAGCCUCGGAGGGGGCUUUCAGCCCGAGGAGAUUCAGGCGCCCACAGGCAGCACCGUCACAGGAACCAGCACGGCGUGCCGGCGGCCGAAGCCCUGAAGCAUCUGCCCUGAGGAAGAGUGGCAGCGGCAGCGGUAUGAGGAGAAGCUGCCCAGUUCCACGGCUGCCUCCUCCCUCCUCUCCGUGCUCGAGGACU